AUGAAAGAUCUUGGACAUUUAAGUUAUUUUUUGGGACUUGAAAUAACUUUCGACAAAUCCGGUUACUAUUUAUCACAAGCUAAGUACGCAACUAAUCUCAUAUCUCGAGUUGAUAUUACUGACACAAAAGUUGUUAACACACCCUUUGACUCCACAAAACAUUUGGCUGCUACUGAUGGUACUCCACUAAGUGAUGAAACACUUUAUCGACAACUAGUUGGUAGUAUUAUAUAUCUUACUGUCACUCGGCCAUAUGUUGCAUAUGCUUUCCAUAUCGUGAGUCAAUUUAUGUCAUCUCCUCGUACAAAUCAUUUCUCUGUCGCUCUUCGUAUAUUACAAUACAUUAGAGGAACUUUAUUUCAUGAACUAUAUUUUGCUCACUCUUCUCAUCUAGAGUUACAAGCAUACUCUGAUGCUGGUUGGGCAGAUGAUCCGACUGAUCGUCGAUCCACUACUGGCUAUUGUUUAUUUCUUGGCACAUCUCUCAUUUCAUGGAGAAAUACUAUCUCUGAGCUUCUUUGGCUUCAAUGGUUACUUCAAGAUAUGGGUGUUCCUGCAUCCGCUGCUAUUCCACUUUUCUAUGAUGCUCUAAAUCGGUUCCGUUACAGGGAAGAUUCGUGUGAUCUCGCGAAGCGUCACAAAGGUCACGUGAAGUGGCACAGUGGUCACGCGAAGCGGCACGAUGGUCACACGAAGAGGCAUCGCGUUACUUGA